AGAAGAGAGAGAGGAGUUCUGGUCUUCCCUGCUGCCACAUCCAUCAAGUCUCAACCACUGAAGUCAGAGGGGAGGAAAUCACGAGAGGCCGUACGCGCACGCUGCUCCUCGGUCAUCGUGUGGUUUAGCGGGAAAAGCGCGUGCCGUACGAGACCAAGGGCAGACGGAUGUACCGACGGCCGCCUGCCCUGAAGUUGGAUACCGAAAACUGAGCGAAAGGUUUACUCCUACUGUCUUAAAGAGGGAAGCGAAGGUGAUAGCGCGAGCCCCGCGUAGAGCUGCGUUUGGAGCACCAUGAAGCUCCCGUGCUGGAUAGCGCUCGCGCUGCUGCUGGCGCAGACUACACUGGCACAGUGGCGUACAUCUCGACCGGUAGAUGAGGAGAGCUCUGGAGAUGAAUUAUAUGAUGACGAAGACUUCUUCUCUGGUUCCGGCUCUGGAUUUCCAGAUAUGGAUGUUAGGCCAACUGAAGCAGGUGUGUCCAUCAAUACAGAGGAGUCCCUCCCACUUUCCACUACGCAGGCCACUGGCCCCGCCCCCUCUGCCUCCCCAGCUGCAGAGCCCAGUAGCCCACCUCCACCCGAGGUAGAACGAGAGAGCGGUUUGGGCCAAGAGGUGGACAGAGAAAGCAAACUAGAGAUUGAGAUGGAGAAAACAUGGGAGGAGUCUGAAGAGGAAAUGAAGAGGCCAAAAGAACAUGAUAGAGAGCGAGAAAGAGAAUCCGAGAAGGAAAGGAAAUGGGAAGCAGAUACAGUGAAGGAAAGAGAAAAGGAACAAGAGAGGUCGAAGGCUACCAACGCACCUCGACUUACUGACGUUCCCGUGGUGGCCAUGGAUUCUUCUCCAACUCUGGGUGAAACAACAGUGGACUUGGAGGAACUAGGCACCACAGAAGAAGAGGAUCUGUUCAUUACUACAGAAAUUACCACGUUGGAGCCAACCAGCACCACAGAGACCACAACAGAUGAAAUUACAACCACCGAAGUUCUACCCACCACCGUUGCCUCCACUACUGCCAAGCCAACCAGACCACGUACUGCCUCGACCACUCCUAGUAUUGCCCCUGUACGACCAUGGAUACCACAGACCACCCCCAUCCCAACUGAGAGCAGCACUCCUUCGGUGAUGAUCUCCACAGUACAGACACAAACACCAGCCGAGACUGUAAAUAAUGAAGUUGCAGGAGCAGUCCCAAGUGGUGAUUUUGAAAUCCGUGAGGAUGAUGGUCGCCAAGGCAACGAGGUUGGGCGAGGCAAAGGGGCACCUGGCAUGGCAGCAGAACCAGAUUUGACUGGCAACACGUUAGAUGCAGCUGGAAGUUCAGCCGCUCAGCUUCCACAGAAGAACAUCCUGGAAAGGAAGGAGGUUUUGAUAGCUGUGAUUGUUGGAGGUGUAGUCGGGGCGCUCUUUGCCGCAUUCCUCGUCAUGUUACUCGUCUACCGGAUGAAAAAGAAAGACGAAGGCAGCUACACACUGGAGGAGCCUAAACAAGCCACCGUCACCUACCAGAAACCGGACAAGCAGGAGGAAUUCUACGCCUAACAACCAUACACUCGUCUCCUCCAUCUCUCCAACCUUCUCCCCUCUUUAUCUGACCCCCUUCCCCCUUCCCUCCUGCUUUUCAUCUCUCACCCUUUACCUUUGGUUUCCCCAUGAGAGUGCCUCUCACUCCACGGACUCUGAACUUUCUUUUCCAAAAAAAGAGAAAAAAAAAACUGAAAAAGAUCAAUGGUAAAAAAGAAGGAAG